UAACUGAUGACGUCGACUUGCUAGCCCUUAGUGUUGUAAGCUGACGACAACGACGAGAACAGCCCAAGCAACCACCCAGCAGGCUGUCAUCACCGCCACCACCACCGUCACCGCGCGCGAAGUCUAGACGCACAGCGAACGACCAGACCUAGUGGUCGUGGUGCUUCUCCUUCUUCAUCAUCUCCGCCGCGGCUUCUCUCUCUCUUUCUCUCACACACACACCUCUCUUCGUUCUCGUUCACAUGAGGACGAGGACAGGUAAGGUAGUCGUUCCUGCUCACCUCACCUGGUUGACCCUUGGGCUCUCUCUCUCUCUCUCCCCGACUGCGACUCUGACUGACAUCACAGGAGACGGGACGAAAAGGUAAGCGGUAAGCGCCCUGGAUCGACGGACGGAAGGACGGCGGACUGACUGAAAGAGUGAGCGAGUGAGUGGACGCGCCCUACCGGAGUUUCUCAUGGGCUGUGUGUGUCCUGGCUUACGUCUGUGCCCAAACUACGACCCUCAGAACUAGGACAACGAUAGAUGGUGUAUCGAAACUGUGACCCUCAGAAUUAGGACCACGACAGAAGGUGCAAUGAUCAUGUUCGGAAUGGCAGUCUCGUACCGCCGUGUUUGAUGAUGAUUAUGCUUGUUCGGGGAAAAAAUAAUGACUGAACAGUUGAUGAAUGCGACGACGAAUCCAGAAAAUGUUGCAUACUUCUGAAAGUUGUUGGACUUAUGAAUGCUGACAGCAGGUUCGAGUCCUAUUGAGACUUUGUUAUUAUAAUUGUUGUUGGUUGGGCUCGGUUGUUUUUUUCCUGUAACCUUGAUUGCAUAGAGGGCUUUUCAGACUUCCCUUCUGCACACUCGUAUUGGAAAUGGCCGUUAAUUCGGAGAUCUUGCUGUUGUAGUAAACUGUGAACUGUAAUUCACAGAUUCCUCCCAAGGUAAAAGAGCAGAGAUAGAGAUAAGAAAGGAGAUAGGAGAGGAUUAUUUUUGAAGACGGAAAUGCUUAACAUCAUCAUCAGCACCACCACCUCCACCUCGGGAUGUGGACGUAUAUGUACGCCCUGACGUUCCCCGAUAAAGUCAACGUUCGAUCAGGACAGCGAUGAGCGGUGCGGCGCCUGGCCUGGGCGGCCGAGGGGCGGGAGAUCCUGGCUCCUCCUACUCCUCCUCCUCGCGCCCCGUCUCCGCCCCUUCUUACACUUCGCCGGACCGUGCCGCGCGCCUGUCGCCGACCACCGUGGGCAGCGUGUUCCCGGCCCUGGAGAACCUACAACGGAUCAGUCACGGCCACGCCUCGGCUUCUUCCGCGACGGCUGGCGGCAGCGGCGGCGGUGUCUCCUCGUCUUCAGCGCCGUCAGGGCGUGACGGUUCCGCCGCUCCUUCCCGCGUGACGCGCUCGCCCUCCGCGGCGGCGAGUUCUUCUUAUUCCGCCCAUCAACACCCCACGGCGCAUCAUCAUCAUCAUCAUCAGACGCGUUCGUCCACGUCAACUCCACGCGGAGGCGGCGGCGGCGGUGGAGGUAGCGGUGUGCUUUCGGCUAUGUCGGGCGGACCCGCGGUCAUCUCCCAACCCACCCUACCCACUUACAGACAAGCCAGCGUGGAAGGCCCCAGCGGCGGGUUCCUCUCCGCACAUACUUCCCCAGAUCCCGCCACCGCGGCAAAAUCAACACCGGCAACAGCGGGAUCGAACCCGGGCCUCUCGCAACAGCGGCGGGAACAACAACAGCAGCAACAACAACAACAACAACAACAGGUCGGGGGAUAGCAACAACAAUAGCAACAGCAACAACAACGAAAGCAGAGACCAGCAGCGCCGUAACAACCGACACCGCUCAACGCACGGCGGCGACCGUUCCCACCGCCACCACCGCCACCGGCGACGCCUGCGCUCCCAGCCCUCGUCCUCCUCGGCCUCCCAGGGCGAGGGCGGCAUGUGCAAGGAGCCGUGUGUCAAGUGUGUAGUGACCGUGACCUCGUUCCGCUGGGUGCUGGUGGUGCUGUCCGUGCUGGGCGUGUGCUGUGUGGUCACCGGCAUCGUCCUGGCCGCCCUGCACGCCGCGGGGAACAGCUUUCUCUUCCUGGCCAUUAUGUUCAUUG